UGAAAACUUGCAACGCACGAAGGCAGUUCUCCGGAAGCUAAUUUGACAGAAAGAAAGACACUGAUUCUUUUUAGAAACAAUCAUGAGUUUGGAACUUCUAACCCUCAGCAACCCAGUGUUUAAGAGCUAUACAUUCUGGGCCGGUGUGCUGGUCAUCAAAAUGUUGGCCAUGUCCCUACUCACGGCCAUGCAACGUUUUAAGACCAAGACAUUCGCCAAUCAGGAGGAUUUGAUGUCCCCAAAGCUGAAGGUCAAAUUCGAUGAUCCCAACGUGGAGCGUGUGCGUCGUGCUCAUCGCAACGAUCUGGAGAACAUUCUGCCAUUCUUCAUUGUUGGCCUGCUUUACACUCUGACCAAUCCCAGUGCUUUCCUCGCCAUCAAUCUGUUCCGUGCCGUUGGCAUCGCCCGCAUCGCCCACACCUUGGUAUACGCCGUAGUUGUGGUGCCUCAGCCGGCACGUGCGCUCGCCUUCUUUGUGGCGCUUUUGGCAACUGUUUACAUGGCACUCCAAGUGGUGCUUGCUGCUGCUUUUUAAUUGUAUAAGCUUUUAUUCCUUCAGUUUUUUGUUGUUUAAUAAUAGACUGCAACAACGGUUUGAACCCCGCCUUUUAAUCUAAACACAGCAUUCGAUAUUUCUUCUCAAAUUUGCUGAAGCACAACGAAUAAAUUUGUAUUUUUAUACUAGCA